UCACCAAAAAAUAAACAUAACAGAAAGGUUUUAGAGAAAACAAAAGAAAAAAGAAGCUGCUCUGCGUUGCGGUUUCACGGUACACUAAUGGGGGCGGCGGACACGGAGUUGUUAACGGCGGCGGAGCAGCCACGAAAGGCACCGCGGCCAGGUAAAGGAGGAUACUCAGGUCAUGGCCUGAGCGAAGAAGAAGCGCGCGUGCGCGCAAUCUCUGAGAUCGUGAGCUCCAUGGUUGAGCUCUCACGUAAGGGACAGAACGUCGACCUCAACGCGCUCAAGUCUAGCGCGUGUCGCAAGUACGGCCUCGCACGCGCUCCGAAGCUCGUGGAGAUGAUUGCUGCACUCCCUGACUCCGAGCGCGAUGCGCUCCUCCCUAAGCUUAGGGCGAAACCGGUUCGAACCGCCUCUGGAAUCGCGGUGGUGGCGGUUAUGUCGAAGCCGCAUCGGUGCCCGCACAUCGCGACCACCGGAAACAUAUGCGUUUACUGUCCCGGAGGACCUGACUCCGAUUUUGAGUACAGUACUCAGUCUUACACUGGUUAUGAACCGACUAGUAUGCGUGCAAUUCGAGCGAGGUAUAACCCAUAUGUCCAAGCAAGAAGCAGGAUAGAUCAGCUUAAGCGUUUGGGUCACAGUGUAGACAAGGUUGAGUUCAUUUUAAUGGGUGGUACUUUCAUGUCGCUUCCUGCUGAUUACCGUGAUUACUUCAUAAGGAAUCUUCAUGAUGCUUUGUCUGGACAUACUUCUGCCAAUGUAGAAGAAGCGGUUGCAUACUCUGAGCACAGUGCAACUAAGUGUAUCGGCAUGACAAUUGAGACAAGGCCAGAUUAUUGUCUUGGGCCUCACUUGCGGCAAAUGCUUUCCUAUGGUUGUACACGGUUGGAAAUUGGAGUCCAAAGCACCUACGAGGAUGUUGCUCGAGACACUAACAGAGGGCAUACAGUAGCUGCUGUGGCUGAUUGUUUUUGCUUGGCAAAAGAUGCUGGUUUCAAGGUUGUUGCUCACAUGAUGCCUGAUCUUCCUAAUGUUGGUGUUGAAAGGGACAUGGAAAGUUUCCGGGAGUUUUUUGAGAGCCCCUCAUUUAGAGCAGAUGGGCUUAAAAUAUAUCCUACACUUGUAAUACGUGGAACUGGACUUUAUGAGCUCUGGAAAACUGGGAGGUAUAGAAAUUAUCCACCUGAGCAACUUGUGGAUAUCAUAGCUAGGAUUCUUGCUAUGGUGCCACCUUGGACACGUGUUUAUAGAGUUCAACGGGAUAUUCCCAUGCCUCUGGUUACAUCUGGGGUUGAGAAAGGAAAUCUGAGAGAGCUAGCAUUAGCUCGAAUGGAAGACCUGGGAUUGAAAUGUCGCGACGUUCGGACCAGAGAAGCUGGAAUCCAGGAUAUUCACCACCAAAUUAGGCCAGAGGAGGUGGAGCUUGUACGUCGUGAUUAUACGGCAAAUGAGGGCUGGGAGACAUUUCUCUCAUAUGAAGAUACACGUCAGGAUAUCCUUGUUGGUCUUCUACGACUGCGAAAAUGUGGCCGAAACGUUACUUGCCCAGAGCUUAUGGGCAAGUGUUCUAUUGUUCGUGAACUUCAUGUUUAUGGAACUGCUGUACCAGUUCAUGGGAGGGAUGCUGACAAGCUACAACACCAGGGUUAUGGUACGCUUCUAAUGGAGGAGGCAGAGCGUAUUGCUUUAAGAGAACACCGAUCAACAAAAAUAGCUGUUAUUUCAGGGGUUGGCACCCGCCAUUAUUACAGGAAACUGGGAUAUGAGCUUGAAGGGCCUUACAUGGUUAAAUAUCUAGUAUAAUUUAAUCACUAGUAAUAGCUAUUUGUUAAUGUAAUUUUGUAGCAUAGCAUGUGUUAUAUGCCUAUUGUAAUGCCCUCACUAGUCCAUAAAGGUUCCCUACCUCCCUUGCCCUACUUUUUCAUAGCAAAUUUUGAAAAUUAAGAAACUACUUUUUUUUAGUUCACUAUAUUUUUUGGAAAUUUAAUAGAUUGUUUGGUUUCUUUAAUUCUAAGGU